AGAAGAGAAAGAAGAAGAAGAAUGCAGACGUGUCCUGAGUGAAGUGACAGUAGCAGAUAUGGCUACAGAGCCCGGCAUCAAUAUGGAGGCGAAAAUAGACGCGAGAGAAAAUCCUUUUGAACCUUAUUUAGACGCUUUAAAGAAGGUGUUAGAAGACCAAGACCCCAUAUUUAUGAUCGGAAUUGUUGUUUCUUUGGCUGUUGUUGUCAUCACUGUUGUGUUUUUGAAGUACAUACUAAGCAGGAAAACUGUCCAAAGUGCUGUGCUGCUGGUUGGUCUCUGCGAUUCUGGAAAGACCCUCCUCUUUAGUCGAUUGUUGUCAGGAAAGUUCAAGAAAACCCAGACCUCCAUCACGGACAGCAGUGCCCCUUACAAAGCCAAGAACGAGAGGGGCAGCAGCUGGAUCCUGAUCGACCUACCCGGACAUGACAGUCUUCGGCCUCAGUAUGUGGAGAAAUUCAAGUCAGCUGCCAGAGCCAUGGUGUUUGUGGUAGACAGUGCCAUCUUCCAGAAGGAAGUGAGAGACGUGGCUGAGUUCCUGUACUUCCUGUUGACUGACAGUGUAGUGUCCAGGAAUGUCCCCUCUCUGAUAGUGGCCUGCAACAAGCAAGAUAUCACCAUGGCAAAAUCUGCUAAGCUGAUUCGUCAGCAGCUGGAGAAAGAGAUGAACACACUGAGAGUGACACGGUCUGCGGCUCUGAGCGCCCAGGACGGGUCAGCGGGGGCCAGCGUGCACCUGGGAAAGAAAGGCAAGGACUUUGAGUUCAGCCAGCUGCCCAUGAAGGUGGAGUUCCUGGAGUGCAGCGCCCGAGGCAGCAAGGGGGAGGACGGGGAGGCGGACAUCGCCAGCCUCGAGAAGAGCCUGGCCAAGCUGUGAGAUGACUGGGGCUCAUUAUUGACCAUGUAGUUCCCAUAGGUCACUACUUUGGCCAAGAGCCAUUUAGUUCCCAUAGGUCACUACUUUGGCCAAGAGAUCUUGAGUGGGGUGCAUUAUGGGGAAUUAGUCUAAGGUCUCUAAGCAUAUCAGGUAUCUUCGUCGGUCCUCAGAACUCCAGACUCAACACAACUACACUAUGGAAGUGAGUUGUGCUGACAUCACAAGGUCAGCAGUGGUACUUGAUGGUAGUGAAUGCUAAUUCUGAUUAAUUAAAAAAAAAAUGUGUUGCUUUGCUCGUCUCUAGCAGGUGUUACUUUGUGUCGAGAAAAUGACCCGUCCUUUUCAUAGUGGAUAGUCUCACCCACUGCUUUUUAACAAUGUCAACAUCAAUUUCUACUAUUUGUUUUUUCCCCCUCCUCAGCAUUUGAAUAAUCCGUCAAUCAUGAUAUCCUGUGAAUGUGAUGAGAUAUUUCACUAAACCCACCUCAGACGACCUAUCGGAUUUCUCCAUUUAGAUUCCGGCAGUUUGUUUUCCAAAAUCAGAUUUUGGUUCCUUUUUGGAAUGGGUAAGCUGAAUGUUCCAUCAGUUUGUAUUGUGGUCCAGUGCAUUCUGUAGUUCCAACAGCUUUUUUUUGAGGGGGGAAGUUGACCAUCAAUCUGUAUCACUGUUAGCCAAAUAGGAUUUUUUUUGUUGUUGUCUUAUUCAGCUUGUAAAUAAAAUCUGUUAUUGUGGUUUA